AUGAAUGUGGAACUUGGACAAAACAAGACUUUCUACAAGACAAACAUAUGCACAGCAUCUACAGGGCUAGAAGAACUGGACAUUAGCUGGAAUCACCUCAGACAAAGAGGAGCUAUAGGUUUAGCAAAGGGACUUGAGAAAAAUUCGUCACUCUGUUAUGUAAACCUUGGAUGGAAUGGGUUCGGGUUUGAAGGCUGCGUCGCCCUGUCAGACACUCUACGACAUAACACAUAUAUAGAGAAGCUGGACAUCUCUUGCAAUAGAAUACACCCACCUGCAUUGCUUGAAUUAAUGAAGGGUCUUCUUCACAAUAAAGUUCUUAAAAUACUUAUUCUCGACAGAAACCCGAUAACUCCGUCUUUUGCUACUGUAUUACUAGAGGGAAUACAAAAAGCCGCGGACAUGGUUUUGGAACAACUAAGCCUUCAGGGUAUUGUAGUUGAUCGAGAUUUCCAGGGGAUUUGUGAGGACAUUCGACAGUACAGAAACAACUUCCGGGUGGAAUAUGAAACGUCACUUCCGGUCACUAGUAGAAAUAGAGAUGACAUGAUGAAAGAGAUUGAAACCCGGAACGACUAUAACAUCGAGCCACUACGUAUGUUGUAUUUACUGAAAGAACGGAACAGAGCGCAGGACUUCUUCCAUAAAAUUAACAAAGACCAUGAUUCAGGUUUGACCCCUGACGAACUUAGUAUGCUGUUUAAGGAGUCCGGUAUCCCUGUAUCAAGGUAUAUUAUCGACAAGAUCAUGAGUUUUAUGGACACCGAUCAUGACGGGAAAAUUGAUUUAGGAGAGUUUCUUGUUGGAGAUAAGAAAAUAAAGAAGAUAUCACGUGACUAUGCACGAACCUCGGUAGAUGAUGAUGUUCAUUAUUCCCGUUAUUCACGCACUUUCAGAAAGGCACACAUUCAACAACUGACCUCGCGACUUAAGGUAGAAGAAACUCAGAACUAUUUGUCUCCUAUAGCAUCUUUAGCACCUUCUCCUGCAAGCAGCAGACGAUCUUCUAUAAAUAACUAGUGAUGGCUUGAAACUGAACCGAAUAACAACUAUACAAGAAGUCUGAUCAAAGUGUUAAAAACAACUGUUACUGCCAUAAAGUACAAGAAGAAAAUUGCCAAAACAUAUAGAUACCUACAUAAUUAUACUUGAACACUUUCAAUACCAUAGCCUGAAAACAAAUUUAAACUAGUGUUUUAGUGGUAUGCUAUUUUUCAUUGUGUAUCUGUUCAUCUAACAAGCAAACUAAUCAGUAAAAUAUACUAAAAUAAUAUGUAAAACUCAAAUGGACAGGUUAGGAAUUAAUGGGUUAUUUUACAUGUAUUUCGUCUCUUUCCAUGCUUAAAGAUCCUGUAUGUUUUGUGGUUGAUAUUGUUAC